UCAGCCGGUGUUUUCAUAAUUUAACGCCCCUCCGGUGUUGUACGGUGGUUCCAUGCUUCAGAGACGACAAACGUAGCGUACAGGGGUGACAUGACUCUGACCCGAGGAUCUUUCACCUAUGCCAGUGGGGAAGAGUACCACGGCGAGUGGAAAGAAGGUCGGAGGCAUGGUGUUGGCCAGCUCAAGUUUCAGGAUGGAACCUGUUACUCUGGCCAGUUUGAGAAUGGACUCUUCCAUGGCUCGGGUGUACUUCUCUUUACAGAUGGAUCCAGGUACGAAGGAGAAUUUGCACAUGGAAAGUUCCAAGGUGCAGGAAUCUUCAGCCGAUACGACGGCAUGAAGUUUGAAGGAGAAUUCAAAGAUGGACGUGUUGAGGGAUAUGGGUUAUUGACUUUCCCAGAUGGAGCUCAUGGUGUUCCACGAAAUGAGGGCCUGUUUCAAAACCACAAGCUGCAGAAGAGAGAAAAGUGUCCAGGAGUGGUGCAUCGUGCGCAGGCUUCAGCCUCUAAUGCUCGCAGUCUGGCACUUUAACUGUCAUGGACCCUGAAGGAGACACAGUCAGGGUUCCAGCACCUCCCAAGAGGGCCUCAGGGAUGUGUACUUGUAUACUCCCCUCCAGCUCUUCUAUCUGUGUCUUUCUCCCUUUUUUUAACGUCUUUCUCUUUUUUUUGCAUCUUCCUUGCUUAGCCUUCACCGUAGCUUGGAAUACACACACAAUCUAACCCAACAAUGGCUUUCUGAAUGACUGACUUGAAAUGGACAACACAAUGAAGCACACCUUUAACAUCACACAAGUCGUGUAAACACCAAAUGCUGCUGGUUUCCCCUUGUUCUUAUACAUAAACAGUGUCUUAGUGGGUUAGAAUAGUUUGCUUUCAUAUACCAUGUUAUUGCACAUCUGGACCUUUUAAAGACAUUCUGUGUGUAAAGUAAUGCUGUAAAUGCGAAGCAAAUUUUUGCCUCCUGUAACUCGCGUGAGUUUUACUGCAUGAUUGUUAGUGUUUAUUUGGGUUACUUGUUUGUAUGCAAUAUAAAAAUCAAGCAAGUUUAAAAGGUGCUUGUUUUCGGAAUGGAGUUUGGAUUGAUCAGGGGUAUGCUAUGCAGUAAGCUGAUUGGCUUUUGCUACACAGCGUCACAUAAAUUUACAGCUUGAGCUGAAACAUUUCAACUCGCAUGAAAAUAACCCGAAUUGACGCAACUAUUAGUCAUUUGUGCAUUAAAGUUUUUGCAUUGACUUUGUAUGCAAUCGGGUAGUGCAAAAAAUUUGCUUCGCGUUUGGUGUGAACACACCAUGAGUCUGUACGGUGAAGACUUCAUCCACUAUUAGAUCAAUUCAUCUCAAAAAAUGCUGCAAUCCAUCACAACAGAGUGAUACUUAAAGGUCCCCUGUGGAGUUUUUGCCCUACUGCAAGCUGGCAAACUAAACAAUGUUCAAUUUAAAAAUAAUUUAAAAAAACGGCUUAACAAAUGUUUUAUGAGGAUGGAAAUGCACUCGGCCUCAAAGAUACAUUCUUGUGAAAACUGGUCAGUGUAAACAUAAAAUCUACCCUCUGCAGGGCACCUUUAAAAUCCCAUCUCAGUUUAAGUAAAGUGCUGCUGCAAACUUUAUCUUUCAAGGAAUGCAUGUUGUUGCUGGUGUUUUGGAAGAUCAGUAUUCACAUUUGCCUUAAAGACGUUUUUGGUACAAGCGUGUAGUUCCAGGGUUUUCCUCUGAAAAUAAGAUGACGCACAGUUCCCUCUCCUCCCCUUCUCCUCUGCAUCAUCUGCCCUAAGGUGUCUGUCAUCCUAAUGAAUUUGAGGGCUGUUUGAAGAUUGCCUUCACUCUGAGGGACACGUUGCUAAGCUGGUGCUAAGUCUCAGCUCCCAUCACUCACAAGUCCAGCAGCUCUCCUCUCUUCAAUAAACCUCCCUCUCCCAGUGGAAAUCACAGAAGAGGAGAUUUAACUUUGCUGGAUAAUUCUCUCAUGUUUUCCCCUAUGUAACCUGAAAGACAGGGAGGAGUGGACAUCCUCAAAUUUGUUAAAUAGUCAUAAUUAAUGCAUUGAAUUAGGGACCUAGAUCUUAAUUGAGGCAGCUGAAUGACAUCAUUUAUAAACUAGAUAUAUAUAUUUAGGAUUUAAGAAUAUGUAAUUUUGUGUUUUUCUGUGAGGUGUAUAUAUAAUAAUUGUGAUUGUGUUUGUACAACAAAAAGGAAAUGGUGUUACUGACUUAUUUAAGACAGUGUGGUUGAGUGUUUUGAGGACUUUUUCAAGCAUUAUAGGCAAUCACAGCUAUUCUGUGAUUACAGAUAAAUUCAGUGUACUUGAACAGUUAAUAGGCCUUACAAAGCAUUUGUAGAUGUGGCUUGUCUAGGGUUGCCUACAUAGAAAUUCAACCAAAGACAAUCAAAUGAUAUUGUAGGUAAGGAAGCCUGUAACAGUCAACAGGAGUCACGUGUGUUACUGCUUACAGAUGGACAAUAAAGACACGAUCAAUAAGGACAAAUCCACCUGGGGCUUUAAUGCGCAAGAAAACAAAAGGACCGAAGAUUAAACAGGGAAUUGAUAUGAGAAAUAUUGUAAAUAUUCUUGAAUUCUCUUGUCUGGGUUAUUGCAGUUACUGAUUUUUAUUGUUAUAUUAUAUGGGGACAAAACAAAAUCAAUACUCAAUAACAUAAACCCAUACUGCUGCUUGCUUUGGUGCAUCAGUGUGCUGCAAAGUACAAUCAGAAAGAUUGAGGGUUACAGUAGAAACAGAAAAGACAACUGCAUGCGUCACUAUCUACAGACACACAACAUUUCAGUGUUUGCUGAUGUGAAAGGUGUACUAUUCAGUAUUUCACAUCAUGUCAUGUUUUUUUUCUUUUCUGCUAUUUCUGCGACGUCGCCUACUCAAGCCUUCUUUGCCUACACACACCUGCCUGAGUGGAACUGAAUUCACAAAAUGUCCAGAUCUAUUUCCAACUGGAAACAAACGGUGCUUUUAAAGUGUGCCUGCCUGGAAAAUAUCAUUACCUUUUUUUCAGUAACAAUAUAAUGUUGCUUUAAGUGCUCUUACUGCACAGUAUGCCCUCAUUCUCCUGGACUAGUAUGUUUCACAUAGGUGGUGUUGUGUUUAAUAAAGCUCUGUGUUGAGAAAAAAAAA